UUUGAAGCUCUGCCUCAUAUAUCGAUUGCUGUAUUCGAUAACUGUACUCCAAAUGUGAGGGCAUGGGAAAUGAUAGCCGGCAAUUGACUCCAGACCCAGCCGAGCCAGGCAUAGUAUUUGGCCUCGCUUCGGAGCUAGAUCUAACUUCCACCUUCCGAUGUGUAAGCGGAAUUUGACGAGGCCAAAGCGGAAUUUGGAGAUCCCUUGGAGAAACAAUCUGCACUUGAUAAACGCUGUACCCAGCCACCGACCAAAUCUACAAUUUAGAGUCUCAUAGUCAAGAGAUAUCAACCGGCCAGAAAUGUUUUCCAGUGUUCCGACAAAACAGCCCACAUGCGAGGGCAUCCUUAUCGCAUUGCCGGUUUGACGCUGGCCCAGGCCCUUCGACGUCACAGAAUCCCCUGUACAAUCUUUGAGCGCGACGAUUCCCCGGAAGUGCGGCAUCAAGGAUGGGGUGUGUCCAUCCACUCCACCCUGACUACAUGGGAAGCGCAUGUUCUGCCGGAGAUCUAUGACCGUGUCUGUGAAGCACAGGUGAAUCCUGCUGUUGGCCGUGAUGAAGUCCGCGGAGUCCCAUGGAUCAACGGCGCGACUGGACAAGUCGAGCAGUUUGUUCCCAAAGGCAAGAGACUUCGGCUGAGAUGGGACGGAAUCCGGAGGGCUCUCAUGGAGGGCCUGGACAUCAAGUGGGGUAAACGGCUGGAUAAUCUUGAGGAAUUCGAGGGAGGCGUCCGAGCCGGGUUUGCAGAUGGCACUGCUAUGCUGGGAACUGCCCUGGUGGGUGCAGAUGGCUCGAUGUCCAUCGUCCGCAAGUUUCUCGCGCCCACAAGUUACAAACUGCAUCGCCUUCCUAUCAAUGCUUUGGGCUGUACCGUGAUGAUGAGCGAAGAACAAGUCAACUACUUCAAAGACCACGUCGAUCCACUCUAUUUUAUGGGAACACACCCAGAAACAGACACAUUUGUCUUCUGGUCUCUGCUCGACACUCCCACAGCCCCCGGGAGGCUCUACCGCGCACAGCUGUAUUUUUCCUGGAUGGCUUCUGAUGCGGACGAGGGACUUCUCAGCCAGCCCUUGCUUGAGGUGUUCAAACAAAAAGGCCGGCCAUUCUUCCCUCGCAUGCGCGAUAUUGUGGACUCGCUACCCGAUGACACCGUUGUUACACGCGUCAACCUAGUCGACUGGCCCUCUGUUGAAUGGGAUAACUGGAAUGGCACUUGCACCUUGAUCGGCGACGGGGCCCAUUGUAUGGUGAUCUAUCGCGGCGAGGGAGUGAACCAUGCCAUUGUUGAUGCCUGCCAACUCGCGGAUACUAUCAAGUCUGCUGUUGAUGGCCACAUGUCAAUGAAUGCCGCUGUUAGAGAGUAUGAAAAGCAGAUGCACCCGCGGGCGAGAGAGGCAGUGCAGACUAGCAGACAGGCUGGACACGACGGCCACUGCUAUAGUAAGGUUGACAAGGAAGGAAGCUUCGCUCUUCUCGGUGAGAAGCCAGUCUAGUGGUCUAUCUCAGUGAUGGCAAGGAGUGGAUGUAUACGCUUAGCAGUAUCUUCCCUAUC